AUGGCAUACCAACCAAGCUACUACCAAGCCACCUCCCUCCCCAUUCCUGUUCCUGCAAAAUCUCAACAAGUUUCCUAUUACACUCCGCAAAAUACAACCUAUGGAGUCUCGCCACCAGAAGCUCCAGAAUCUGUCACUACUGGGUCCGGCAUGACGCCCGCAUAUGGAAAUUCUACAUACUCCGCUACUUCUAGUAGUUACGCUGGAAGUGCAAGUGGCGAGUAUGAUAGCACUGCUUCAGCCAACGGAGUCGAUUUGCAAGAAUACAUGCAAGAUCGGUUUUCUGGUGCAUUCGACGCUCUUCCUUUAGAUCGCACUCUAGCAGUUCAAGCACAAACGUCUGGUUUAUUGAAUGCAAAACAUAGAGAAAUCAUGGAUUUGCAAGCAUUGGCGCAAAAACGUCUUGCAAGAACUAGAGCGAGGUUGCAAGAAGGCUAUCAAGAUGCUAAGGAGGUGAAGUCGAAUUUAGAAUGGACCCAGCAUCGAAUGGGAGCAAUCAAAACCAAAGUCUCCAAAAGACACCCAAAAGAAUACGCACAAGCCCGCGAGCGAUACCCGUCUCCAGAGUACUAA